GGCUGCGCGUCUGCUCACGUGGCCUCGCCUCUGGCCAACACGAUCACAUCGAUCGGUCGACUGCCUCAUCACCAUCCGACCAUCCCGCCAUCCAACCAUCCGACAUCCGACCCACCAUCCCGCCAUCCGACCAUCCCAGUCCAGCGUCCACAAUGAGCCUCCUGACCAAGACAUAUGCCGAGCGCGCCAGUCUGCAUGCCAACCCCACCGCCAAGCGUCUGCUCGAGCUGAUGGACCGCAAGCAGACCAAUCUCUCGGUCGCUGCCGAUGUCACCUCCAAGGCCGAGCUCCUGCGGAUCGCCGAGGCCCUGGGCCCGUACAUCUGCGUCUUCAAGACCCACAUCGACAUUGUCGACGACUUUGACCAGGAUCUCGUCGACCGGCUCGUCGCCCUUGCCAAGGAGCACGACUUUUUGAUCUUCGAGGACCGCAAGUUCGCCGAUAUUGGCAACACCGUCAAGCACCAGUACGCUUCGGGCGUCUACCACAUUGCUUCGUGGUCCGACAUUACCAACGCACACCCGCUUCCCGGCGAGGGCAUCGUCAAGGGCCUCAAGGAAGUCGGUCUGCCACUGGGUCGUGGACUGCUGCUGCUCGCCGAAAUGUCGUCCGCUGGCUCGCUGGCGAAGGGAUCGUACACGGCCGAGGCGGUCCGCAUGGCCCGCCGCAACAGGGACUUUGUCUUUGGCUUCAUUGGCCAGCGGCGCCUGCCUCUGCACGGUGAAGGAGACAAGAUCGACGAGGAGGGCGACGAAGACUACGUCUACAUGACCCCCGGUGUCGGAUUGGAGGCCAAAGGCGACAGCCUGGGUCAGCAGUACCGCACGCCGCGUCAAGUUAUCCUGGAGAGCGGCUGCGACGUCAUCAUUGUCGGCCGGGGCAUCUACGGUGGCGGCGAUAUCGCCGAGAAGGCCCGUACGUACCGUGAGGCAGGCUGGGCUGCGUACCUCGAGAGGGUUGGCUCGAAGAACUAGAGUACCGCAUUGAACCGGACGGACUGACAUGCCUGGGAUGCCAUGGCGUUUCCAGCAGUAUGGCCCUUGACGGAGAUGGACGCGCAAAAUACUUCAAUAGAGUCGAGCAGAUACGCC